AUGCCUCUACCACCCUCAGAUCAACGGAAGCAGCCCGCUUCAUUGCAACCCUCGCCUCUACCUCCUCAUGCGGGAAACACCAACACAAACCCUGCGCCAUAUGUGCUCAACCCGCCAAAUACCCUCGAGCGUCGAAAGUCGUCGCCUACCAAAGGAUCUCAGCGACCGAGAACAUCUGAUUCAGGCCAAGGCAGACUCGGCUUCGUAUCGAUUACUGCGCCUUCUCCAACAGUAUUUCCCACGAAUUCUCCCAUCAAGAGAAAUUCAAACCAACACAUUCAUCGACGAGCUCCCUCAUUACCAAUACAAGCCGCUUUUUCAACCUUUCCAAGCGCGCCGUCUCCCUUUCCGACUCAACAUCAAUUCGCCUCUAGCUUUCCUAAUGAUACCUUCGCCGACUUUCCUGACCCGUCAUGUCAGGUGAGACCACUCAAGAGGACUCUAAUGGAAGCAGCCCCCUUGAUUGAUCGGCCAGUGAUUAAGAAACAGAAACGCGAAGAUUCGACGACUUUUACGCUUCCAGAACCACAUGAGAUGCCUCCGGUGGAAGACGAUGGAUCUAAACCGCCUUACAGUUACGCGGUCCUAAUCGGCAUGGCAAUUCUCAGAGCGCCUGGUCGAAAGUUGACUCUAGCGCAAAUUUAUAAAUGGAUUUCAGAUACAUUUGCUUUCUACCGCUCUGGAGACGCUGGCUGGCAAAAUAGUAUCCGUCAUAACCUUAGCUUGAACAAAGCGUUCAUCAAGCAAGAGCGCCCCAAGGAUGACCCUGGUAAGGGCAAUUAUUGGGCAAUUGAACCUGGAAUGGAAGCGCAAUUCGUCAAGGAUAAGUCUGCUCGUCGUGCGACACUGUCCAGCAUUCCAUUGCCCCCGAUUGUCCUUCAAAGGGAUGCUCCUUCAUUCGCCCCUCAACCAAGCACAUCCAUGUGGAGAGUCCCUCCGCCGCCGUUACCUCCCUCAUCUUCUCACCACCCUGUCGAGGUUUCUCAUAUCCAAGAGCCCUCUUCUGAUGCUACUAUUCUCGCCUCGGACCCCGCUCUACAUGAAGACGGCCCGGAAGAAGAUUCUCAUAUUCCCCAAACCAAUGUUCCUCGCUCCUCUCCUCCUCAAGUUAUUCGCUCAUCGCCACCAGUUGUUCCCCCUUCAGCCCGCUUCACUCGAGCAGGAACGCCACCAACACCAUCUCGCCCAAUGGCAUCAGCAGCAGCUCCUCGCACGCGCAACCAGCCCUCUGCAUCGGCCAACGACAGUGGCUACUACUCGUCUCUUGAGUCUUCCGUGAUGAGGACCAACAAGACGGGUGUUAUGCUGACCUCAGAUUUGGAUAUCGAACCUCCACGCCUGAAACGGGGUCGUGCCGAAGAAGAGAUUGCUCGAAUCAGGAGUUCGUCUCAUGAUAUUAGCCCCAGCCACUCAAAGGUUCUCAAGAAGAGCACAAACUCGGCUGCAGGUUCAUCUCCUCUUCGCGGUGAAUACAUUAGUUUAUUACCCCCGCCAUUAACGCCAAUGAUCAAAUUCAAGAAACCCCUCAAGCCGCCACCAUCUUUGUCGCCCAAUACGAAUCUUCGUAACCAUCGGCGAAAGAUUCAGCAGAUGGUCAACUCGCCAAUCAAACAUUUGGGUCUUGCUGAUGAUGAACUUCCAUGGAGCCCAGCAUUCACUAUUCAUGACGAGACAACAUCUACACCAAACGACAACAUUCAACUGCAUUUUGAUAUCUUUGCCGAUUCUGUGGCUGAUGUUGUUUUCACACCAGCUCGCAAAUCUCCUGAGAAGCGCAGCAUCAAGCGUGAGACAGGAGCUGCAACUGGAUUGGCUGAGGCGGCGCUUGCAGACAUAACUACGACCAGCGUCAAUAAGCGGAUUGGCCGUUCCUUGCUCUCGACUGGCAAGGCUUUAUCGUCACAUUUUCAAGACUCCCCGUCAAAGGUUCCAGCUCAUCAGUCAGCUCGGUUCCUCGAUGCGUCGAAUGAUGACUUUUUCUCCUUUAGCAUGUUUGACGACAGCUCUGAAGAGGUUGAUGGUGUCGACUUGUUACAAGGAUUCGAGAAGAUUGGCGGCAACACUGCCAAAGACAGUAAUACUAGCAACGCUGGCAUCAACAAAACUGGCGGGCUUAGACAGCGACUCAAUCAGCGAGGCUAUAGCUCUUACUUUUGA